GAGUCCGGAGGCCUAGAGUGAGCGAGGGCCGGCUUGAGAAUGACACGGCCUGCGGAUUCUAUGAAGGAGCGUCCUUUGGGAUUGCGGCAACCACAUGUGACGACCCCACGCUGGACUCCAUUUCGUCCAUUGUUAGUGAAGUGACAUUCAGCCAAAGAGCAGUUGAUGUAUUUCCUCAGCGACCAGCACGGAUUAGCUCCAAGCAUGACGAAGUGGAUAUCGUCCUCUUUUGGAAGGCCAAACAGAGUAGUUUCACUUUCACAGUGAAACACACAGCGACUAUACGACAUGGCGGCGGCGGCAACAACAAUACUACAACGAGAAUAAAAGUGCCGUGGACCCCGUGAAAAGGGAUCUCUGAGUUUUGUAGUGCCAUCAUCAUCCACCAACUCUUCCUCUCAUUCUCUGCAUCUGCAUCAGCCAUCAUUUUAAUUGCUCCACCUGUACAUUAGUCUUCACUGGGAUUUCAGGAGCAUAAGCAGCUGUCAUCACUCAUCUCAGUAGAACGACGCUGUUUGACGAUGGCACAGCUUUUGUAUGCCACUGUGGUUUUGGCCGGAGUCUGCCUGCUUCUGAGGCUCUGCGCUGGAGCAGGUCAGAAUCCUGACCAUGUGCUACAGGGCACUGGAAUGAAUCCUGGCUCGGACUCCAGAAGGCCCGUGGGCGACUCUACUGUGGCACCAGAAGAUGCUGCCCGCUUCCUCAGCUGCCACUGUUCAGGGCACUGCCCUGAUGAUGCCAAGAACAACACCUGCAUGACAAAUGGGCAGUGCUUUGCCAUCAUUGAAGAAGAUGAAAAUGCAGACGUGAUCUUAAGCUCAGGCUGUAUGAAAUAUGAGGGCUCUCAUUUUCAGUGCAAGGAUUCACAGUUUGCACAGGCACGUCGAACCAUCGAAUGCUGCCAAUUUGACUUUUGUAAUCGGGAUCUAAAGCCAGAGUUACCACCUCAAGACACCGAAGCACCAGACCCUCACUGGCUGGCCUUCCUCAUUUCAGUGACUGUGUGCUUCUGCACCCUCUUCUGUGUCACUAUCAUCUGUUAUUACAGGUAUAAGUGGCAGACAGAGAGGCAGCACUACCACAGAGACCUGGAGCAGGACGAGCCCUUUAUCCAAGCAGGAGAAUCUCUGAAAGACCUCAUCAACCAGUCUCAAACCUCAGGCAGUGGCUCUGGGCUCCCCCUGUUGGUGCAGCGCACCAUUGCGAAGCAGAUCCAGACAGUGCGUCUUAUUGGAAAAGGCAGGUAUGGAGAGGUGUGGCUCGGACGGUGGAGGGGGGAGAAGGUAGCCGUGAAAGUGUUUUUCACUCGAGAGGAGGCCAGCUGGUUCAGAGAGACUGAGAUCUACCAAACCGUGCUCAUGAGACACGAGAACAUACUAGGCUUCAUUGCUGCAGACAUAAAUGGCACUGGAGCCUCUACGCAGCUGUACCUGAUCACAGACUAUCAUGAGAAUGGAUCUCUGUAUGACUAUUUGAAGUUCACCACUCUAGACACACAGACCCUGCUCAAACUGGCCUACUCUGCAGCCUGUGGCUUGUGCCACCUGCACACGGAGAUCUACGGCACACAGGGAAAGCCAGCCAUCGCUCACAGAGACCUGAAGAGCAAGAACAUCCUCAUAAAGAAGAACGGCACCUGUUGCAUCGCUGACCUCGGGCUUGCUGUGAAGUUCAACAGUGACACAAAUGAAGUGGACAUCCCACUGAGCACACGUAUGGGCACCCGACGCUAUAUGGCUCCAGAGGUCCUGGAUGAGACUCUGAAUAAGAACCACUUUCAGGCCUACAUCAUGGCGGACAUCUAUAGCUAUGGGCUGGUUAUAUGGGAAAUGGCCAGAUGCUGUGUCACUGGAGGUAUCGUUGAGGACUAUCAGGUACCGUAUUAUGAGAUGGUGCCAUCAGAUCCAUCUUAUGAGGAUAUGCUUGAGGUUGUGUGUGUCAAAGGACUGCGGCCCACUGUAUCCAACAGAUGGAACAGUGAUGAGUGUUUGAGGGCCAUGUUAAAGCUGAUGUCAGAAUGCUGGGCCCACAAUCCUGCAUCACGCCUGACCAUCCUACGAAUCAAGAAGACUUUAGCAAAAAUGGUGGAAUCUCAAGACAUUAAAAUCUGAUUGGCUUUGAUUUUAUCUUUGAUAUCAUUGUCCCCUUCACAGAGGAGGAGGAGAGUCGUGAUAGUGACAUCUAACGCAAUUAUGAACUAUAACAAGCUCUCUCGUUCUCUGCCGGAUCAGACAAUGGUGCCUUUUGCCGCUUUCUGUGAAAGCUGUGUCAUUGGAAACUUGGAUUAGAGGAUUACUGCAACAGACUAAACAGUAGAUAGAGUAAAGAUUGACAUAAACCUCACUGCCUUAAAAUCCACUCAAGAUAUUCUGCAUAGAUUCUGGGAUAAACUUCCUGCCAUAUGGAUGAAAUGUUGUUGACUUCUCAUGGAAUCUGUGUAAAGCAUACUCUGAUUUAAUGUAUGAUGUGUAAUAUAUUAUAGUAAUAGAUUAACUGAGACCAGAGCAAAAUAAUAUGCUAUCAAUAUAAAGAGCUGUUGACCUAAUGUGUAGCAUUUAAAAAUCAUACUUGAACUAUACAGUAGUUUUUC